AAGCAGCGCCGGAACCGCACAUGUCUAUAUGCCUUGUCGGUCUGCGCCGUGUGGGAAUUAUGGAAUGAUGACUGAGAAAGACAAAAUACUUUAAUGCCCCCUUGAAGUGCCCGACUCUCUUCUCAUAGCACUUUCUAGUCUGAUACGCAGUCUCUUUGAUAUAUCGAUUUACUGGGCGUGAACAAUAACUCUUUGACGUUCAUCACAGCAGGCAAAAACAUAAAACACUCCGCCAUGUUGGAUCAUAAGGCUAUUGUCCAUGGACUCUCACCAUACUCAACUUGCGACAUAUCAGAUGCUCUAUUGAAGCUCAAUCAGCCGUACGGCGGCUUCCUUCCAGGCAUACAGCUUUUCUCUCCCACCUACCUCGACGCAGAGACCAGAAUCGUCGGCCCAGCAUACACGGUCAAAUUUGUUCCAAAGUCAGACACCACAUCUCCAAAGCUCGAGACCCAUUACAUUGACACCAUACCCGCCUCCUCAAUCAUAUUCAUCUCCUCCCCACCCAAUGCCUUCAACGCCGUCUACGGAGGCCUCAUGUCGACCCGCGCCGUCUAUUCCCGCGCCGCUGGCACCGUCAUUGACGGCUGUUUGCGCGACCUACCUGCGCACCAAGCCCUCAAGUACCCUGUCUUCGCACGCUCCGUUGUCACGCCCGCCUACUACGAGGUCGCAAGGCCCAGCGCGGUCAAUGAACCACUCGUGUUUACGUAUCCUCCUGGUGUGAAGGGCGUAAACGGGCCUACUGCAACGUGCAUCGACGCAGGCGAUUGGAUCGUGGGUGAUGCAAACGGUGUUGUGUAUAUACCCAAAGGGAUGGUGCAGAAGGUAUUGGAGAUGCUGCCAAUUCAGGUCGAGGCGGAUGAGAAGAUGGACGUGGAGCUUGCAAAGGGUAUGAGCUUCGAGGAGGCGAGGAAGAAGUUUAGGGGCUGA